UACAAAGGCUCUCCCUCCCCUAUAUUCUCUCUCUAUAGAAGACUCCCAUAACAGAUGGCAAACCGCCGUCGGUGGACUGACCAACAACGACGCCACCUCCCUCACCUCCUCCUUCUUCCCGUCGAGUCGCCAAGAUCGACGGACCAAACCGCCGCUUCGCCAUCCCCCUCAGGUGGACCACCAACCGUUGUGCUAACGUCACCCCCACUUUCUCCCUCUUUCUCUCCACCAAUCGCCACUUCUCCAACCAACCGGCCAAAGAGACAUGUUGGUGAUUAUCAGUUCUAGCUACAAAUUGAGGAAGAAGAUAUUGAUGCAGAUUUGAUUGGUCUAGUUCCUGGAGAUACGUACAUGCUUGGUAGAGUGUUAAUCGAGCCUAAUGGAUCUUCGUGGUAUCCCGCGUCAAAAGAAGUUGAUGAGGCUAUAAGGGAUAGCGUUAUGAGACUUUUUACAUAUCCUCGGCAAGAGUGGUGGGACAUUCCAAUAGUCUCUAAACAAGUCAUGUUUCAAGAGUUUAAGACAAUGUGUUGUUGGUUGGUAAAGCACGAUCAGGCCAUUUCUGUAAUUUUUGAGAGACAUGCUGCUAUGUCACAUCAGAUUGCACAUCUUAAACGUGCCUUGACACAGGUCGUUGCUCCUGAUUCAAGUAGCGAAGAGGAAACAGAGAGUGAUGAGGGGUUUGUUGGGGCUACUCCUUAGUGUUGUUGGACUUGACUUUUAGAUAAUUUUUAGUUUUGAACUUAGCUUUUAAUUAGUGAAAAAUCUUUAGGAGUGUUUAAGUAUUUUGAAUGUCGUUGGAUUCAUUGUUUAAGUGUUGUUGAUUUGAAUUGCUUAAAUGAUUUGUUGAUGUAGUUUGUUGUAUGAUUAUUGUAAUAAUGUGUGUUGCACGAGGGAUGUAUAUAUUGAAUUGCAUUUUUAUUUGG